AUGGCAUCUAAGGGGAACGAAAAUAGGAAACCUAAGAAGAAAAAACAAUCUGUUGUAACUACCUCAAGUAUGCCAAAUAUGAGUCCUCCUCUUCCUCGCCAUCCUCUUCCUCAUCCUCCUCAGUUGAUUUCAUUUCCAUCUACCAUAUUCACUAUUCGCCCUCCAUCUAAUAAUUUAGUUCAGUAUUAUUCUAUGCCUGCCAAAGGAAGUCAAAGUAACAUUAUUUUUAACUUUAUACCCAUACCUUCUAUACCAUCUUCUUCACCGAGCUUUCAUGGUAGUCAGCAUGGUGUCUCACUAGUUGAUGCACCCCCAAGCUUUCAUGGUAGGCAGCAUAGUGGCUCACCAGCUGCUGCACCCUCGAGCUUUUAUGGUAGUCACCAUGGUGGCUCACCAGCUGCUGCAUCCCGGAGCUUUCAUGGUAGUCAGCAUGAUGGUUCGUCUUUUGUUGCUCCAUCAUCUUCUACUCCAUCAUCAUCAUCCACUCCCAGCAUAUCUAGGUUGGAUAUUGGAGGCUCUCGCCCAGUUAUAUCUAGUGCUACUUCUACACCAUCUAGUAGACACAGGCAGAAUCUUGGAGGGGAUGAAGAUUAUCAUAAAAGGGUGGAAGAAUGGCAGCAAACUCAGCCUCAUUCAACUCAACCAACACCUGAUGAUAUGGCUUCAUUGUAG